AUGGAAUCUUUUCUAACUUCAGUCGAGAAACUCGUUUCAGAUGCAUCUGUGAAAAUACAGAGAAUGAGCGACAAUAUAUUUCGAAAACAAUGUAAUAUUUCAAAAGAAAUAAAAGGUCAAAGAAUAGAUGAAGAAUUACUCGACAAUCAUUUAUUGAUCAAUGAAAAAUUCAUACAAUCUGGUCAUCUCGAGACUGCAACAAAAUUUUGGCAAUUUAAAAUAGAUGGAGAGACAACAUAUAUUCGUUAUGGUAGCAUAGUUGCUGAUGGCAGUUUAAAGGAAAGAGCGAUACAAGUAGAACAACAUAAUGAUGAAGCUACUGCUCAAAAGAAAAUAGAAGCUUUAAUCGCGAAAAAACUUAAUUCUGGUUAUCAAGGCUGGGUACGAUAA